UCUCCAUUCUGCAGCCUACCGAGUCAGUUCACGGUGGAAACGCGACCAGAACUGUCCUGUCGUGUUUCCUGGUUUUAACUCGAAUUUCAGUCGCGCCCUUUCGAAGGACGUCUUUCGGAAGUUGUGCUCGGUGAUAGAGGGUUAAUGAGUCCUUGAUGACCUGCGGGUGAAAGUAUUACGUGCUGACGGUUAGAUUGUUAAGACUAUGGUGAAAGAUCGAUAUGAACGUGUUUUUGGUGAAUCAAACCGAACACUGAUUCAGUAACUGGUGGUCGACUGGUGGAUUUUUUUAUUGAAAAGGCAGAUUGCUGAGGGAGCUGGAAGUUGCAGACAUGGAAAACGCUAGUAGUCCGCCGCAGGCAGCGUCCUUGGAACUGAAAACUCGAAGAGCACAGCUGCAGACGCAGGUCUCGAGUUUGGAUUCCAAACGAAGGCAAGCAGUGUACGUGAGGAGAGCUUUUAAAAAGUAUGGCCCGAAGAGCAACCCCAACAUCAUUCUAGAUGGACUGAACAUGACAGUGCCGAAAGGCACGAUAUACGGUCUGCUCGGCGCGAGCGGUUGCGGGAAGACCACUUUGCUGUCCUGCAUAGUGGGUCGAAGACGUCUAAACUCUGGAGAGAUAUGGGUGCUGGGUGGCAAGCCAGGAUCGAAAGGAUCUGGGGUACCAGGUCCGCGAGUAGGUUACAUGCCACAAGAAAUCGCGUUGUACGGAGAAUUCUCCAUAAGAGAGACUUUCAUUUAUUUUGGCUGGUGUGCUGGAAUGUCGACGCCCGAAGUGGAUGAAAAAGUGGAGUUUCUUGUAAAGUUCUUGCAGUUGCCAUCCGAGAACCGUCUCGUGAAGAACUUGUCCGGAGGUCAACAGAGAAGAGUGUCUUUCGCAGCAGCCCUUGUCGCGGAUCCAGAAUUGUUAAUCUUGGAUGAACCCACUGUAGGUGUAGACCCGGUUCUACGACAGAACAUCUGGGAUCACCUGGUGCACAUGACGAAGGACAGCAAUAAGACUAUCAUCAUCACCACUCAUUACAUCGAGGAAACGAGACAAGCUGGUAUCAUCGGUUUGAUGAGAGGCGGUAAACUGUUGGCUGAAGAGUCACCGACGAAGUUAAUGGAGAUGAACAAUGUGGACUCUCUGGAGGAUGUGUUCUUGAAGCUCAGUAGACGACAGAACAUGGGUCUUCGAAGGAGAAGUAGCAUCCUCAGCAGCGUCACCGGCGUUCCUCCGGAAGUUGAUGUGGACGAGGAGAUGAGCGGUGAAUUUGGUGAUAACGUCAGUCUUUCUAGUCGAAGAAAAAGCAUUGUCGUCGAAGAAACACUUGUGCCAGAGCUGCCACCAGAAGAGAAAGGUCCCUCUAAAUUCCAGAUGCUUAAUGGUCAACAUAUGAAAGCUCUUAUAUGGAAGAACUUCCUGUGGAUGUGGCGAAAUGUAGGAAUGAUGUUAUUUAUCAUCGGUCUUCCAGUCGCUGAGAUUAUUCUGUUCUGCCUCUCCAUUGGCAAAGAUCCAAUGAACUUAAAGAUAGCGAUAGUGAACCACGAAUUGAAUAACAGCAUGGGGCCUUGUAUACCGACAACCGGCUGCGACUGGCAUCGAUUAAGCUGUCGAUAUUUAAAACAUCUAGAGGAAACAUCCGUAGAGUUUAUAACGUACGACAAUGAAAUGGAUGCUAAACACGCCGUCGAAGAUGGCACUGCUUGGGGUGCCAUAACGUUCCCGUCAAACUAUUCUAAUUCUCUUUAUGCGAGAUUUGAUCUGGGUCGUGAGACAGAUAUCUGGGAUAUCGCAGAAUCGACCAUGACGAUUGUCAUGGAUAUGUCCAAUCAGCAAAUCGGUCAACUUCUGAAGAGGGAUUUUUACAAGUCGUAUGAAAAGUUUGCUGAAGAAGUGACGGUAGCUUGCAAUUACAGCAGGAAGUAUACUCACAUACCUGUAAACUUUGAAACGCCGAUCUAUGGUCCUUUGGAGCCCAAUUUCACAGACUUUGCAGCACCUGGAGUUAUCUUAACGAUACUUUUCUUCUUAUCAGUCGCUCUAACUUCUGGUGCCAUGUUAUUAGAAAGAAACGAGGGUCUUCUGGAAAGGAGUUUAGUUUCCGGUCUUACUGGACCAGAAAUCCUUUUCGCUCAAGUAGUUACUCAAUUCGUAGUGAUGACUGGACAGGCAGUCAUGGUUCUACUAUUCGCGUUCGCGAUCUUUAACAUUACGUGUGAAGGUAACAUUGGUUGGAUUGCCGUGUUGUCUGUUUUAACUGGACUGUGUGGAAUGUGUUUCGGGUUCACUAUUGCUUGCGCCUGCGAUACUGAAAGAAGUGCUACUUACUUGGCAAUGGGUUCAUUCCUGCCCAUUGUGAUGCUCUGUGGAAUAAUCUGGCCUAUUGAAGGGAUGCAUGAGGUUCUGAAGUGCAUCAGUUAUGUUCUACCCCUUACACAGAGCACAGAGUCAAUGAGAGUUAUGUUAGCUAGGGGAUGGUCAAUAUCGAACUCCACUGUUUACAGUGGUUUCAUUUCUACCUUCAUCUGGAUAUGCAUCUUCAUGACUUCCUCGAUACUGCUACUUAAAUUUAAAAAGGGAUAAAACUUCGUGUUCAGUUACAGACUUAAGCUACGUGGAUAGUUGUCAUUUGAUCACAGUUCUAUAGCGACAUUUACUCUGUCGAAUAAACAAUUACGUCGGAACUGUUCGACGUAUUACUGGAGAAAGAGUGAAUAAUACAUCGUAAAAGAUGUGGCCUAUCUGCUCAAUACAAUUGUAUUUAUUACAUCAAUCUCUGUGGUAGCACAGAAUCGUGAUGAUAUUUGUACAGUGCAGACACAAGUAGAUCAUAAAAUAAACCCAUAGUUAUAAAAUCUUUGUACACCACGUGAA